AUGGGCAAAAAGCAGGGAGGUCCGAACACGAAGGUGGAAGCUGCAAAGGCCAAGAAGGCGGCCGCUAAGACAACGAAAGACGUCGCAAAAUCUGCUGCAGAUGCUCAGGCCGAGGCAGCAGAGUGGGCCAAGGGCGCAGAUACACGUGCGGAGCGGAAACGUCAGGAGGAAGAGCGGAAGCGUGCAGAGCAGGAGGCCAAAAAGGCCGAGAAGCAGAAGGUGUUAGCGCUAGAAGAGCAUUCGCUGAAUGAGGACAAGCAUGCCAUUCGAAAGCAGAAGAAAACAGCGAAAGAGGUUGCAAAGCCUUGGGAGGAAGCAGUCAAGCCAGCAGCGAAGAAGAGCAAUCGAGGUUCCAAUAAGCAGUUGGGCUUUGUGGUCAAUGGAGACGAUAGCAAGAAGCUUACGCAGGCUGAGAUGGCGGUUCUGAAAGAGGCUGAGGGAGCUCGCAUUGCUGGGAGGCCAGGGAAGAAGGAGAUUACAUUUGAAAACAAAUUCCAGGCUAACAGGAACAAGAACAAGGACGAGCCAACAGAGGCGCGCAGUCUCGAUGCAGCACUGGACCUCCUUAGCGUGGGUGAUAAAGAGCUCGGAAAGCAUCCAGAGCGUAAAGCAAAGGCCGCUUAUAAGGCGUUUGAGGAGGUUAUGCUGCCGCAGGUCAAGGAGGAUUACCCGGGCUUGAAGCUGUCGCAGUACAAGCACAAACUGAGCGAAAUGUGGCGCCGCUCUCCGGACAACCCGUUGAACCAGGAGAGCUUGGCUUACAAUGCCAAGAAGCAGUAG